GCUCCAAAACAACCCCAAGAGAUGUCUGAGGAGGGUGAUGAAAAACCACGAAAACCAACUCCCAAGUUAAACGAGAGGAUUCUUUCAUCUUUGUCAAGGAGAUCAGUUGCUGCACAUCCUUGGCACGAUCUUGAAAUUGGUCCUACAGCUCCACAUAUUUUCAAUGUGGUUGUUGAGAUUACAAAGGGAAGCAAAGUCAAAUACGAACUUGACAAGAAGACAGGAUUAAUCAAGGUUGAUCGAAUUUUGUACUCGUCUGUGGUCUAUCCUCAUAACUAUGGCUUCAUCCCUCGCACCUUGUGUGAAGACAAUGAUCCACUUGAUGUUCUAGUCCUCAUGCAGGAACCUGUCCUUCCUGGUUGCUUUCUGCGAGCAAGAGCCAUUGGAGUAAUGCCUAUGAUUGAUCAGGGUGAGAAAGAUGACAAGAUCAUUGCAGUCUGUGCUGACGAUCCAGAGUAUACGCAUUAUACUGAAUUGAAUGACCUUCCCCCUCACCGCCUUUCUGAAAUUCGUCGCUUCUUUGAAGACUACAAGAAAAAUGAGAACAAAGAGGUCGCAGUUAACGCCUUUUUGCCUGCCACAGCUGCGCUUGAAGCUAUCCAGUACUCCAUGGAUCUCUAUGCCGAGUACAUUCUGCACACCUUAAGGCGGUAAACAUUCAUAUGCAGGCUGGAUAGCAUCAACAUAUUGCGAGUGGCGCUUUCCUAAUCAAAAGAUAGGUUUUUAAUACUUCUCCGGAGGAGUAUAGAAGCUCACGUAGCCGGACAUCCCACCAUUUACAAUAAGUCAUUUUUCCAAUGGCAGAGGAAGAUUUGAAGCAGAAUCUCCCUAGUUUUACAUUUUGUUCUUCAGAUUAUGAUUGGUUCUUGUUUUGGUUGAUCAUUAAGCGAUAGGAAAUUAUACUACAAGCUAUUGGGUUACAUCAUUUUUUCAGUAGACAAUAUAUGCUUAAAUUGGAUAUUACGUUUUCAUG